GCCUUGGAUAGACGUCCAGAGAAGAUAGUUAAGGCGACUUUAGUUUACCGACAUAGCUGGUAUUAACAAAUUGACAUCGGCGGGUGGUGUCAUUAGGAAGUGUCAUCAUACACUGUCACCAUGAGGAAGAUUACCGUCAUCUCAGUGAUGCUAAUGUUUACGACAGUGGCCAAAGGUCAAUCUCUGGACAUAUGUUCGGAGGAGGCCGAGGAAGUGACCUGCCCGGCCGACCAGUGGCUCAGUCCGGACGACGAGUGCUUGACAGCGGUGGCGUUUGGAGGCGAGUGUAGCUACGACGAAGAGUGCGCGCUGACCAACCCCAACUUCAUCUGUCCUGACGAUAGGUGUGGCGAGAGGUACUGCCCAGCGACUACAGCCGGCGGCCACGAGUUUCGGUUGGCCGGCGGUGACGCCGCCUGUCGGACUGGCCGGGUGGAGGUGCGUCCACUAGACGGCGACGUCUGGGGCCAGGUCUGUGACGACGACUGGGGCAACGUUGACGCCACCGUCUUCUGCCGUUCCAUUGGUCUCACGUCGGGCGAAGCCAUCCUGGGAUCGCGCCACUGGUAUGUCACCGGGGCAGUUUUCCGCAUGGACAACGUGCAGUGUACAGGAGAUGAAAACCACCUGCUGGAGUGCCCCUACAAUGGAUGGAAUUCACAUAACUGUGUUGACACGGAAGUGGCCUCGGUGGCUUGCUCAUAGCCGACAGCACCGUCCGAUAACUGCUCGUCAUCCGUGCUGUCAUCCGUGUAUUUGAUAACUGAACCGUCAGCAAAAAGAUGCGAAAUGCCCAUGUGCCGGUGCUUCUCGGUAUAUCCCCUAUACGGAAAGAAUAAAUACAAAAUAGGUCUGUA